AUGCGCAGGCUCAGCGGCCAUGGCCCACGGGCCCAGCCGCUCCGCGGCACGCGGGAUCCUCCCGGACCGGGGCACGAACCCGCGCCCCCCGCAUCGGCAGGCGGACUCCCAUCCACCGCGCCACCAGGGAAGCCCUGCUGUGCCUGCUUCUCUUCAGUGAUCUUAAAUAAUCAUGAGGGCAGGGCCAGAGGCUGGACAAAACUGUGCCUGUGGCUGGCUGGUGGCUCCCCUGAGACCAGUUGUGCUCAUGUCCUCCAUCAGUUCACAACAGGAGGCACAUCCCAUCGGGGCCAGACUGUAGGAAGGCUGCUGCGAAGGCUGCAACUUCGUGGCCUGCGGCCGGUCCCGCAAGAGAUGGCCCCAGGGGCGCCCGCACUGCUGCUGCUGUCGCUGCUGUCACUGCCGGGUCUCCCGCCUCGCGCUGCCGCCUGCCCUGCCGCCUGCCGCUGCUACAGCGCCACGGUGGAGUGCGGCGCCCUGCGGCUGCGCCUGGUCCCGUCCGGAAUCCCGCCCGGGACGCAGACGCUGUUCCUGCAGGACAACAGCAUCGCGCGCCUGGAGCCGGGCACCCUGGCACCCCUCGCCUCCCUGCGUCGACUCUACCUGCACAACAACAGCCUGCGCGCCCUGGAGCCAGGCGCCUUCCGUGCGCAGUCGCGCCUGCUGGAGCUGGCGCUCACCGGCAACCAGCUGCGCGGCUUGCGCGUUGGCGCUUUUGCCGGCCUGGCCCAACUGCGCGUGCUCUACCUAGCUGGCAACCAGCUGGUACAGCUGCUGGAUUUCACCUUCCUACACUUGCAGCGACUGCAGGAGCUGCACCUGCAGGAAAACAGCAUCGAGCUGCUGGAGGACCAGGCCCUGGCCGGGCUCUCCUCGCUGGCACUGCUGGACCUCAGCAGGAACCAGCUGGGCACCAUCAGCCAGGAGGCCCUACAGCCCCUGGCCAGCCUGCAGGUCCUGCGCCUCACAGAGAACCCAUGGCGCUGUGAUUGCGCCUUGCACUGGCUGGGAACCUGGAUCAAGGAAGGGGGCCAGCGACUGCUCAGCUCCAGAGACAAGAAAAUCACGUGUGCAGAGCCCCCCCGCCUGGCACUUCAGAGUCUCCUGGAAGUAUCUGGCAGUAGCCUCAUCUGCAUCCCACCCUCUGUGCACGUGGAGCCGCUGGAGGUGACAGCCAACCUGGGUGAGGACCUGCGGAUUGCCUGCCAGGCUUCCGGCUACCCGCAGCCCCUGGUGACCUGGAGAAAAGUGGCGCAGCCUCGCGAGGGGCCGCCGCAGGCCCAGGCCCAACCUGGAGGCGGGGUGCCGGGCCCAGGUGGGCCCGGGGCAUCCGACACGGGCAGCGGCAUGCUCUUCCUCACCAACAUCACCCUGGCCCACGCUGGCAAAUACGAGUGCGAGGCCUCCAACGCCGGCGGCGCCGCCCGCUUGCCCUUCCAGCUUCUGGUCAACCUGUCCCAGCAGCUGCUGCUGGCGCCUGCGCCGCCCCGGGCCGGCGACCCAGUCAGCCACGAGCACCUGCCCGAGGUGGGCGGCAUGGCUUUUCGCGCCCUGGGCCUGGCCACGCAGACGGCCAUCGCGACGGCCAUCGCGCUCCUGGCGCUCACGGCGCUGCUGCUGGCGACCAUGAUUUGCCGCAGGCGGCGCAGGCGCAAAAAGGCACCAGGGCCUCCCGGGGAGGGCGCGCUCUUCGUCAACGAUUACUCGGACGGGCCCUGCACCUUCGCGCAGCUCGAGGAGCUCCGCGACGAGCGGGGCCACGAGAUGUUCGUCAUCGACCGCUCCAAGCCGCUCUUCGCCGAGGGCCCGGCGGAGGCGGCCGAGGGCGCAGCGCCCGGAGUUGCACAAGGUCUCCCGCUGCAGCCGCCUGCCGCCUACGAGAUCCGUUGCUGAGGGGGCGGCGGGGCGGACGCGCGCUGAUGACGCGGGCCCCGCAGAUUGGCCGGCUCGGCUCGCCCUGCGCAUGCUCCAGCGCGAUCAGUAAAGGGUGGAAGCUG